CAAAACGAGAACAGAUUAACACAUGUGUCGCUUUGGCUUUUUUUCGCCGACGGCGCUGAGCACAGUGAACGCUGAACUUCACAGGAUUUGUAGGCUAUUGAAAAUAACCGCCGUCAGCGCAAAAAACGCGUUUGAUGGAUUCAGGCCCUAAUGGUGUAUAUUUUUCAAGUAGACUAGCUAGGCUACUAUUGCGUAGCCUACGCACACGCUGAGUAUUCUUAAUUCCACUCCAUUUCAAAAAAUUCCACUCCAAUUCAGAAUGUUAGCGAUAACGUUCGAUGGGUAUAAAAAGCCACGCACUUCUUCAGUAUCACUCAUUCUGAACACUAUUUCACAAAGACACGAGAGCAUUGGUAUUACUGCGAUUUCUACAUGGAUCAAUUUAGUGAGCAUCUGAGAGCAUCCCUGAGUCCCGCCGGGGCCAAGGAGCUGCAGCUGUUUCUCGCUGGCAUGAUGGAGGAGGCACAGGAGAAAGAGACCAUCCUGAAGGCCACUCUGGAGAAGCUUCUCCAGCAUGUCACAGAGAUGGAGCAUGCCAGGAAGGCGCAGGUGGAGGAGUGGCAAAGGGAGAAGGAGAGGGUGGAAGCGGCUGGAGAGGCUGCCAAACGCGAUUUACAUGAGAAGCAUCGCAACACCUACUCUCGCCUGCAGUCCAAUGUGGACAGAAGGGCUGAGGAGCUUGAGAUGGAGAGAAAGAAACUUGUUGCUCUGGAGAAAGAGCACAAGAGGGUAGUUUUCCUCCUGGAGAUGAAGGAGGAGGAAGACUACGAUAAAAUGAUGGCCAAGGAGACAGAGCGCAUGAUUGCAGAGUCCUCGAGGUGGGACAGAUGGACCAAAGAAAGGGAGAGCUGCACCUUAUCAACGGCUCUCACUGCUGCAGUCCUGAAGCAAAGGUUGCUACAGGAGCUGAAGAGCCAGGCAGAAAAAUGGAUGGUAACUCAAGGAGCCAACGGCACCGAGAGAGCUCCCAUGGUUUUUAAAUCAUGGAUGUUAAGGGAUCAAUGGAGGAAACUCCAAGACAACAGGGCGUGCCUCAAUGAUGACCUCCAGAGUUUCAUCAACCGCCAGAAAAUUGAAGACGUCAUUGUUGAAAAUCAGACACUCAAGGGAGAGAUUGAUGUGGAGUUCGAGAAAAAGAUGGAGCGUCACAUGAUUGAGACCCUUAAAAAGCAGGAGAAGUUAAAGGCUUCUGUGCUUAAAAAGAAGGUGAAGGUAGAAGAAAAGACCAGGAAAGCACUGGAGAAAGUCCAGAAGGCUGAGCUGAAGGAGAAGCAAAGAAAGGAAGCUAAGGAGAGAAAGGAGGCCGAAAAACUGGAGAAGAGAGCAAGAGAGGAGAGGGCCAAGACCAGCCAGCCUUCUGCAUUCUGUUGUUGGAGGAAAUCAUCCACAGUAGAAGAGGAUGCAUAAGAACUGAAUAAAUAACUCUUUAUUAACAUUGAUGAUAAAUAUUAAUUAAUAAUAAUAUUAAUAAUUAUUUUUCAAACUCAA